AUGGAGUGGCCAAUUGUACCUUCAGGAGGAUUUAUAGCGCAAAUGGUAAUACGACUCAAUGAAAUAGGACUUCCUGGACCGCCUGGACCGCCUGGACUGCCUGGACAUGGCAUGCCUGGUCCUCAAGGAAAAAGAGGAUAUACUGGACAAAUUGGACCUCCCGGAUCCAAGGGAAAUAGGGGGUACCCUGGACAUGCUGGAUCUCAAGGGUUAACUGGACCGACCGGUUCUAGAGGCCACAUUGGACUUUCAGGACCAAAUGGAGAAACGGGACCUGCUGGACCUGCUGGACCAAUUGGACCUAUUGGUUCCUCUGGGGUCUCUGGUCCUCAUGGUUCAACUGGACAUGCUGGACCAACUGGACCAAAAGGGCUAAAUGGACAAACAGGAUUGUCUGGACCUGCAGGACCUCGAGGAGAAACUGGAGAGUAUGGUCCAAAAGGAAUGACUGGGAAAACAGGACUUCCUGGGCCUUCUGGUCCUAUUGGACCUUUUGGUCCUAGCGGACCAACAGGGCCUAGAGGAAUACAAGGAACUCAAGGUAAUACUGGACCCACUGGAGCUUCUGGACCAAAUGGGCCUACUGGAUCAACAGGACAAUCAGGACCCCCUGGUCCAACUGGGCCAUUCGGACCAUCUGGUCCUAUUGGACCAAUUGGACCUAUUGGAAAAACGGGACCUUCUGGACCGCCUGGUCCCACAGGAUCACCAGGACCAUUUGGACCUUCUGGUCCCACAGGACCACCGGGACCAUCUGGAACUCCUCACCUAGGAUUUCUAUAA